AUGGACUGCUUCAUUUGUGGGAAAACUACAUACCAAAUACCAACCGUUGUCAUCGAAAAUAAGACGAAGGCGAUUCACAAAGCAUGUUUCAAGUGUUCAGUGUGUGGCCGCCCACUUGACGGGUAUUUGAUGAAAGGGAAUGUGUUGUGUUGCGUCGACUGUUUUGAUAAGAAACAGAACCAAGAGAAAUGUGAGAAGUGUGGAGAAGUGAUAAUUGGACGUAUAGCACGAGUCGAUGGGAAAGUGUGGCACCCAAACUGUUUUGUGUGUUCGAAGUGUGGGACACCACUUGAGGGUGACUUCAUUGAGAAAGAUGGGAAACGUCUUUGUUUUCUAUGUUCCAAGGCUUAA